AUGCGCCCGCUCAACAUCGCUGUCUACUUGGUUGCUGCCAUCCACGCCAUGGACGUCGGUCCUCAACUAGCGGCAGCUGUGGUACAACACGAGAGCAUUUCGUCGCGGGCUGCUGCAGUGGAAUCUCAGGUGUCGGGCGCUCAAACUGUGCACCCAUCAGAAUCCCGACUGUUGAGAGGGGAGGCAAGCGCUUCUGAACAAGCAGGCGUUGGUCUAGACGUCGGUCCACUUACCUCAGAGCCGAUGAAAAUCGACCAGGAGGUGGUCAACUUUAUAAAGGGAAGGUUGAAAUUGAAUGGCGACGUCGACAUGGACAGCAUUGCCCGAGCGAAGGCGAAACCUGAAGACUUCGUCACGGCGGUAGGUCUUCCACAAAACGCGCUGAAGGAUCGCUUUGACAGGAUGAAAAAAUUUGAGAAGCUAAUGUUCUUCGUCAAGCUGCUUUUUUCGCGCAAUGUGGAUAAACGGCUUAAACUUCUGCGCAAAUUUGAGGACGCGCACAGAAAGCAGGUAGCUACUUCAAACGGCAUGGGUCGGUCUCCCGGGCCGAUUUUGUAA